AUGGCCUCUUCGGUAAAAUACAGUGAAGAGCAACUAAACUACUUCAGGAUUUGUUACGUUACCACUGAAAUUUUGACCGAGGGACUGCGAGAAAUCUUCAAACAAGAAUGGGAUUAUCGUUACAAGACCACGUUAGGAGAAUGGAAAGAUGAUCCCAAAAAUGGAUUGGACUUCGGGAAUGGCGAAUCAUUACGGAACCAAAAGAAGCAUGCACGUCUAUUAACAACCAUGACUAAAGGCAAUAGAGCUGAGUGGGAUUGUACCAUGCUGUUUUAUGCCAUUCUUUUCUCCGAUUGUAUCCAUAGUCUCAGUACAGUAGUUAAGUCAAAUGUGGAUAACCUUAGGCUGUUUCGGAAUGAAGAAUUCGCUCAUAUCGCACGAGGUCACCUCUCAGACGUAGAGUUUCAAAAUGCCAUUAGCAAAGUAGAAAAUGCAUUUCUAGCGCUCGGUCUUUCCACUGUGGAAAUUCAAGACGUAAAAACUCAAACAAGUUUUCCCACAGAGCAGCUGAGACAUGUUUUGAAGAAGGUGGACGACCUCAAGAAGGAAGUUCAGGAGAAUAAGAGAGAAAUUCGGGAGAAAGACAAAAAUCUUAAAGAAAAAGAAAAAGUGAUUCAGGAAAAAGAAAAGAAAGUACAUGAGAUAGUACAGGAACUUCGGGAAAAAGAGAAAGAAAGAAAGACCCUUGAAGAACAGUUAAACAGCGAUGCUUCUUCAUUUUGCAUUCUUCCCCCUAAGCCUUCUCAUGAAGUCGCACCUCGACAUUCUCGUGUAUCUGAGAUUAUACUAAAGCUAAAAGAGCUAAAAAGGUCCAUGGAAUUAAGUUACUUGUUCAUAUCUGGAAAUCCUGGAAGUGGUAAGUCGCAGAUGGCCUCACUCGUAGCCAAGCGUUUCCUUGACGAGGUCAAGGAAAGUACAUCUACUGCAUCGUUCGUAAUGACACUGGAUGCUGAAAACUCUAAAACACUUUUGGAAUCGUAUGCCACUUUCGCUCGACAUCUGAAGUGCCCAGAAUACGCUGUUACCAACACCUUUAACGCCAAAGAUUUGAGUACAGAUGAGAAGAUCAGAGGUUUAAAGACAUUGAUCAGCACGAAAAUCGAGCUGUACUCAUCGUGGCUACUGAUAGUUGAUAACGUCACCAACUUGUCUCAUCUGGAUGGUAAUUUACCUGAUCCAGGAAAUGGACAGUGGGCAAAGGGCCAGUUGCUGAUAACAACACAGGACACAGCGUCUAUCCCUCCGUCAGGCUCAUUUAUUCAACAUAUCCCUGUCAGCAAAGGUAUGGAGCCUCAUGAAGCCUGCUCUCUAUUAGAAAUACUUUCUGGUUUUACUGACCCCAUAAUGGAAAAAGAAGUUGCUAACGUAUUAGACUACCAACCACUUGCCCUGGCAAGCGCUGCCACCUAUGUGAGAGAAGUAAGAAACAACAAAUUAACUUCGGAUUUUGGCUGGGAUGACUUUCUAAAGAAAUUGGACCAAGGUAAGAGAAGUACAACAGAAGCCAUGCUCGCUGGAAGUAACCCAAGUUACAAAAACUCCAUGACUGUAGCUACAACACUUGCUGUAAAGAAGGCGAUCGCAACGGAUAAAGUUUUCGAGCACUCUUUUCAUUUGCUUUCGGUCUGUGCACCACACCCUUUGAGUCUAGACAUUAUUGUAAAUUAUCUUACGAAAGUGAAAGAAGAGCGUAGAGAUCCCGAAAUACUUGCUACGAGAAUUUGCAAAUGUUCUUUGCUGUUAUUUGAAGAAGAUGACAGUGGCGUCUACAUUCGAGUGCAUCAGAUUGUUCAUGACGUCAUCAAUACUGUUAUGAAAACCUUGGCCAAAAACAAAGAGCUUGAAGCCGUUGAUGGGGCCAUUCUGUCAUUCUGCCAAGUUAUAGGUCAUAUCCUGGCUGAGGAUGACUCGCAUACUCUUAUCAGAAGCAAGAAGAUUGUUCCUCACUUAGUCACAUUGAGUGAGAUAAUCGAUGCUCUAUUUUCUGAAGAGGAUAUAUCCGACGCUAUCAAAGCCGGAUCAUCCACUCCCUAUGACUACCGAAACUAUUUCGAAACCCUUGGUAAAACCUGCAAGAAACACUGUGAAUUCAGAUCAGCAUUAAUGUACUUCAACACAAUGUUGCGAUUAACUCAGUGUGACGAGGUGUUUGGUGACAAAGACGUUAUAAACGCAUACGGUUUCAUAGGUACUGUGCACCAUUCCCUUGGUGACUUGCAGCAGGCAAAAGAAUAUCAUAAUCGUGCACUGACCAUUGGUCUGAAAACGUUCGGACCUGAACAUGUCGACAUGGCAGAAAGUUACAAUAAUCUGGGUUCUGUGCAUCAUGAUCUUGGUGACCUGCAGCAGGCAAAGGAAUGUCAUAAUUGUGCACUGACCAUUCGUCUGAAAAAGCUCGAACCUGAGCAUCUCGACGUGGCAAUUAGUUACAAAGAUCUGGGUUAUGUGCAUCUUGACCUUGGUGACCUGCAGCAGGCAAAGGAAUGUGAAAAUUGUGCACUCACCAUUCGUCUAAAAAAACUCGGACCUGAACAUGUCGAUGUAGCGGAAAGUUACAAUGAUCUGGGUACUGUACACCAUCAUCUUAGUGACCUGCAGCGGGCAAAAGAAUGUCUUGAUCGUGCACUGACCAUUUAUUUGAAAAAGCUCGGACCUGAACAUGUCGAUGUGGCAGUUUGUUACAAUAAUCUUGGUACUUUGCAUCAUGAUAUUGGUGACCAGCAACAGGCAAAAGAAUGUCAUGAUCGUGCACUGGCCAUUCGUCUGAAAAGGCUCGGACCUGAACAUGUCCAUGUGGCAAGCAGCUACAAUAAUCUUGGUUCUGUGUACCGUGACCUUGGUGACUUGCAACAGGCAAAAGAAUGUCAUGAUCGUGCACUGACCAUUUAUUUGAAAAAGCUCGGACCUGAACAUGUCCAUGUGGCAGUUUGUUACAAUAAUCUUGGUACUUUGCAUCAUGAUAUUGGUGACCAGCAACAGGCAAAAGAAUGUCAUGAUCGUGCACUGGCCAUUCGUCUGAAAAGGCUCGGACCUGAACAUGUCCAUGUGGCAAGCAGCUACAAUAAUCUUGGUUCUGUGUACCGUGACCUUGGUGACUUGCAACAGCCAAAAGAAUGUCAUGAUCGUGCACUGGCCAUUCUUCUGAAAAGGCUCGGACCUGAACAUGUCCAUGUGGCAAGCAGCUACAAUAAUCUUGGUUCUGUGUACCGUGACCUUGGUGACUUGCAACAGGCAAAAGAAUGUCAUGAUCGUGCACUGACCAUUUAUUUGAAAAAGCUCGGACCUGAACAUGUCGAUGUGGCAGUUUGUUACAAUAAUCUUGGUACUUUGCAUCAUGAUAUUGGUGACCAACAACAGGCAAAAAAGAAUAUCAUGAUCGUGCCCUGGCCAUUCGUCUGAAAAGGCUCGGACCUGAACAUGUCGAUGUGGCAAGCAGCUACAAUAAUCUUGGUUCUGUGUACCGUGACCUUGGUGACUUGCAACAGGCAAAAGAAUGUCAUGAUCGUGCACUGGCCAUUCGUCUGAAAAGGCUCGGACCUGAACAUGUCGAUGUGGCAAGCAGCUACAAUAAUCUUGGUACUUUGCAUCAUGAUCUUGGAGACCAGCAACAGGCAAAAGAAUGUCAUGAUCGUGCACUGGCCAUUCGUCUGAAAAGGCUCGGACCUGAACAUGUCCAUGUGGCAAGCAGCUACAAUAAUCUUGGUUCUGUGUACCGUGACCUUGGUGACUUGCAACAGGCAAAAGAAUGUCAUGAUCGUGCACUGACCAUUUAUUUGAAAAAGCUCGGACCUGAACAUGUCGAUGUGGCAGUUUGUUACAAUAAUCUUGGUACUUUGCAUCAUGAUAUUGGUGACCAACAACAGGCAAAAGAAUAUCAUGAUCGUGCCCUGGCCAUUCGUCUGAAAAGGCUCGGACCUGAACAUGUCGAUGUGGCAAGCAGCUACAAUAAUCUUGGUUCUGUGUACCGUGACCUUGGUGACUUGCAACAGGCAAAAGAAUGUCAUGAUCGUGCACUGGCCAUUCGUCUGAAAAGGCUCGGACCUGAACAUGUCGAUGUGGCAAGCAGCUACAAUAAUCUUGGUACUUUGCAUCAUGAUCUUGGAGACCAGCAACAGGCAAAAGAAUGUCAUGAUCGUGCACUGGCCAUUCGUCUGAAAAGGCUCGGACCUGAACAUGUCCAUGUGGCAAGCAGCUACAAUAAUCUUGGUUCUGUGUACCGUGACCUUGGUGACUUGCAACAGGCAAAAGAAUGUCAUGAUCGUGCACUGACCAUUUAUUUGAAAAAGCUCGGACCUGAACAUGUCGAUGUGGCAGUUUGUUACAAUAAUCUUGGUACUUUGCAUCAUGAUAUUGGUGACCAGCAACAGGCAAAAGAAUAUCAUGAUCGUGCCCUGGCCAUUCGUCUGAAAAGGCUCGGACCUGAACAUGUCGAUGUGGCAAGCAGCUACAAUAAUCUUGGUACUUUGCAUCAUGAUCUUGGAGACCAGCAACAGGCAAAAGAAUGUCAUGAUCGUGCACUGGCCAUUCGUCUGAAAAGGCUCGGACCUGAACAUGUCCAUGUGGCAAGCAGCUACAAUAAUCUUGGUACUUUGCAUCAUGAUCUUGGAGACCAGCAACAGGCAAAAGAAUAUCAUGAUCGUGCACUGGCCAUUCGUCUGAAAAGGCUCGGACCUGAACAUGUCCAUGUGGCAAGCAGCUACAAUAAUCUUGGUUCUGUGUACCGUGACCUUGGUGACUUGCAACAGGCAAAAGAAUGUCAUGAUCGUGCACUGACCAUUUAUUUGAAAAAGCUCGGACCUGAACAUGUCGAUGUGGCAGUUUGUUACAAUAAUCUUGGUACUUUGCAUCAUGAUAUUGGUGACCAGCAACAGGCAAAAGAAUAUCAUGAUCGUGCCCUGGCCAUUCGUCUGAAAAGGCUCGGACCUGAACAUGUCGAUGUGGCAAGCAGCUACAAUAAUCUUGGUACUUUGCAUCAUGAUCUUGGAGACCAGCAACAGGCAAAAGAAUGUCAUGAUCGUGCACUGGCCAUUCGUCUGAAAAGGCUCGGACCUGAACAUGUCGAUGUGGCAAGCAGCUACAAUAAUCUUGGUACUUUGCAUCAUGAUCUUGGAGACCAGCAACAGGCAAAAGAAUGUCAUGAUCGUGCACUGGCCAUUCGUCUGAAAAGGCUCGGACCUGAACAUGUCUAUGUGGCAAGCAGCUACAAUAAUCUUGGUUCUGUGUACCAUGACCUUGGUGACUUGCUACAGGCAAAAGAAUGUCAUGAUCGUGCACUGGCCAUUCGACUGAAAAGGCUCGGACCUGAACAUGUCGAUUUGGCAAGUAGCUACAAUAAUAUGGGUGUUCUGAAUUCUCAUCUUGGUGAAUUGCAGCUGGCAAAAGAAUGUCACGAUCGUGCCCUCUCUAUUCAUCUGAAAAAACUCGGGCCUGAACAUGUCGAU